CACUAAGACCCCUUUUCUUCUUACUCCCAUCAUCGACGGUGGCCACCUUCUCUACGCUGUUAUUUCCCGGUCAAUCACGACGAUAUCGCGCUAGGUAGCGCUAGGCGUCUCUCAUUCAUUCAUUCAUUCAUUCUUGAGCUUGUACAUCUGCAGUGGCAUGGCUACAUCCAGUGAUUCAAAUUCGACGAUACGGUCAGGUUAUGUCAGUUUGAAGACAAGGGGAAUCUUCACCAGCUGGAUCUGGAAACGAAAGUGGUUGGUGCUGAAACAAGAGACGCUGGAGAUAUGCAAAUCUCAGAAAUCGUCGCGCCCACAAGGUACUAUCAAGCUGAAGGAACUCAAAACCGUCGAGCGUACCGACUUGAAGCCGUGUUGCAUCCUUUUGGAGACCAAGAACAAGCGGUACUUCCUGGAUCUCAAGACAGAUAACGAGCUGUAUGGGUGGCAGGACGACAUCUACAACCGCAGCCCAUUAGGUGCCAGCCUUCCUUUCAAUUUCGUGCACAACAAACACGUUGGGUUCGAUUCUCUAUCUGGGAACUUUACGGGCCUCACCGAAGAACUGGAAAGGGCACUGGCAGAGCCGCCGCCUGCAACUCCCCAAGACCCCAAAGAGGAUCAGGUCCAGGCGCGGAGUUCCUUGAUUGUCGGCGUCCCGGAAGAAUGGAACAAGGAUUUAGCCAAAUCGACGCCUUCCAAGAUCAAAAGAAAGCCGGUGCCCCAGGUUGAUGUCGGCAGUCCGUACGACUUUGCGCACAACGCUCAUGUAGGGUUUGAUCCUAUAACUGGAAACUUGAUUGGUCUGCCGGAGGAGUGGAGCAAAGUGUUGUCAAUUACUUCGCCGAGUCGUGAGGACUACGCUAAAGGUCCGGAGCCUAUCCUGGCCCUUUGCAACAAGAAUAAGACGUUGGUACCCGCCAUCGACUCUAAGCGGUCGUCGCUUCGAGUAACCGUAACAGGAUCCCAUGUUUCAGCUUGAUGGAAAUGUCUGGUAAUGACUUGUGAUGUACGUCGGUUGCUUAUUUAUGUGUCUGUGUACUACAUACGGACUGCUGUAUUUCUAUUUCGUCGCUUUCUGGAAUGUUCAUUGGUUCUCAUCUCAGAUUAGGUGCGAUGUUCGAACGUUCACAGAGAUGAUUAUCUCGUGACUGCACCUUCGCUCCUAAUU